AAAAUGGAGGAUGUUAAAAUAACAGAAACUACCUCCACAGAGAGUAAUCCCUCAACAUCAUCAACAACAACAACAGCUAAUAAAGAUACAGAAACUAAAUCAAAUUUAAUUGAAGCAAAUGAUAAUGUUGUUAAAGUAACAGAAAAUACAACAACCAUUUUGUAUAAUAACCAAAAUGAAGUAUUUUACAAUCCAGUACAAGAGUUUAAUAGAGAUAUGUCAAUUUUAAUGAUUAGAAUGUUUAUUGAAGAAAAGAAAAGAGAAAUGGAAGCUAAAGGUAAACCAUUUAAAAAGGUUAGAAUUUUAGAAGCACUUUCAGCUACAGGUUUAAGAUCAAUUCGUUAUGCUAAAGAAAUUGAUGAUUUAGAUUAUAUUUUAGCCAAUGAUAUCGAACAAAGUGCUGUCGACUCAAUUGUAAAGAAUCGUGCAUAUAAUGGUGUUGAAGAAAGUCUCAUUCGUCCAAAUCUUGGUGAUGCUAGUUUAGUAAUGAUGCAAAAUCGUAGUUAUGCUAACAACUAUGAUAUUGUCGAUGUAGAUCCAUAUGGUGCCCCAACUGUCUUUUUAGAUUCUGCUGUCCAAGCUGUUGCUGAUGGUGGUCUUUUAUGUGUUACUGCAACCGACUCUGCUGUUUUAUGCGGUAGUUACCCAGAGGCAUGUUUCCACAAAUAUCAGUCAGUUCCAAUUCACCGUGCAAAUUAUUGUCAUGAAAUGGGUCUUCGUAUUCUUUUACAUUCAAUUGAACAACAUGCAAAUAGAUAUAAGAGACACAUUGUACCAAUCCUUUCAUUAAGUGUCGAUUUUUAUGUACGUGUUUUUGUUCGUGUUUACUACUCACCAUCUGAAGCUAAGAAAGCUUUCUCAAAAAUGUGUAAUAUUUAUAGUUGUACUGGUUGUGGUAGUUUUGUCAAGCAACCAUUAGGUGUAGUUAAACAAGAAGAAAAUGGCAGCAUCAAAUAUAAAACACCAAUGCUCACCAAAGAACUCACCCAAACCACUUGCAAUCACUGUAGUAAAGUUUAUCAAGUAGCUGGUCCAUUUUGGGCAAAUAGAAUUCAUGAUGUUGAAUUUUGUAAGAAGGCAUUAAAAUACCUCGAUGAAAAUCCAACCAAAUUCAAUACAUCACGUCGUAUGUUUGGUAUUUUAACAUCAGUUUGUGAUGAAGUUCAAGACUCAAUGUUUUAUUUCAAGACUGAUCAUUUCACCCAUACUCUUCAUCUUUCAACUCCAGCAACCGCCAUGAUCAAAUCUGCAAUUCUUAAUGGUGGUUAUAAAUGUUCAUCAAGUCAUAUCUUACCAUGUAUCAAAACUGAUGCACCAUUCGAUUUCAUUUGGGAUAUAUUUAGAGAGUAUGCCAAAGAAAAACCACCAAAGAAUUUAAGUGAACACACUCCAGCUUUUCACAUUCUCGCAAAAGAAAUUAAACAUAAAGUAGAUUUCACCAAACAUCCAUUAGCCAAAGGUGAACACCCAGAUGUUCCAAAAUAUUUCCCAAAUCCAAAAGAAAAUUGGGGUCCAGGUUCAAGAGCAAAAGGUAAAAAUUUAAAUAAUAAAAGAGAUGGUGAUGAAGCUCAAAUUAAUAAUAAAAAACGUAAUCAAAAAAAGAAAAAAGAACCAACAACUUGUAAAUAUUUCCUUUUAAAUAAAUGUAUAAAAGGUGACAAAUGCGAAAAUAUACAUGAUAAUAAUAAUAACAAUAAUAAUAAUAAUGUUGAAAACAAAUCAGAACCAGCCACAUCAACAACAGUAGAAACCAAAAAUUAAAUUUAUUUUUUCAAAUAAUAAUUUAAAAAAAAAAAAUAAAAAAAAGCUAUUUUGCCAUUAUU